AUGGGAUACUUCAAUAAAUUAAAUACUGGGUAUUAUCGCAGUGAAGAAAUGCCAAUUAAGCAAAGGCAGUGUGUCACAUCUUUACAUCCCAACGAAUGCAUUCUUUCAAUAGAUGACUGGGCGUGUGCGUCUUGCAAGGCAUUACAACCAGCUCCGGUACCAGUUUUUUUUAAAUUUUUUUGUAUUUUUCCCCCGCGCGAAAUAAGAAACAUCAUUAAGCGGAUGUGAAUCAUAUGGAAUAUAAAAGUAAAAUUAGUGAUCGCAGGAAAACCAAAUUAAUUUUAUCUUUACCGUGUUCAAUUGAAGAAAAUUUGACACUCUCCUCAAAUGGAGAAGUAUUAUAGCUUUUCUUUCCUAGUUUGACAAGUUGUUAAGAAUUUCUUCAUGUUUGAAGCGAUAUCCUGAGGGUUAACGCGACUUUUUGAGAUAAAGAGGCUUUUUUUCUUUUUUUUUCUUUAUAUAAUCAGUACUCAAUUUUAGCUGUUACCUUUUAUCUCACUUUAGUCAAGGAUUUGUUAAAUCAUUUGUUGCAGGGUUGUUGACUUUCUGCUUCGCUUAUCUUAUCAUCAGAACAUUUAUCUUAACCGUUACAACUGGGACACGCCAGAAACAAUGCACGUUAUUGAGAAUGGUGUCCCAGAACUUGAAACAUUAAAUCACUUGGUUCAUUUGCAAGUAAAUGCAGAGAAGAUUUUACUGCUGCUUUAUGGUUUGAUCAUAUGCUAUGCACCAUCUUGAUAUUGAAUCUUCUCUAAAACACUUGUCGUUAAUUAUCAGUAAAUAAUAAAGUAUUUAAACAAAAUUGGAAUAAAUUCAAAAAUAUUAAAUAAACAAAGAAAGAAAUAUUCAAUUUAAAUUCUACCGGAGAGCCUGUUUUUUUUUUUCUUUCAGGAGGCAGCAGUAAUCCGCGUCGCUUAUAAGAAGGGAGUACAAUACUGAUUCCUAGAGUUGUUCAAUUGUAAAACCAGGUGAUAUGAAUUAUUACUCAUAUGCUUUCAUCGUUUCGUCAUUUUGAUGUAGUACAAGAAGUAGUUGAACCGAACUUAUGUAUAGUCACAAAGCUAUAUCAUGAUUUUUACCAACUCAAAUCACAUUCCUGUGUUCAUAAAUCGGCGGAAAAUCCAUUACGUUUUAUGUUCUACUCGUUAUGGCUCAUCCUUGAAGGAUUUUUGCUGAGAUUUUGAACUCAUGGUGGGUUGUUUCCUGUCAAACACCAGUGACAUAGCAAUUAAUUACAGGUUUUUUUUUAAAUCUAUUUCUUUUCAGAAUGAUGAGUGCAAUUUCGGAAACUGCCAAUUGACGUCCCAUAAGAUUCUUGGAUCCUGAAAAACCAGUACAGUAAGCCUGAAAAACAUCGAUUCCAAUAAAAUCGGAAAGAGAAAGAUUACCUCAGUUAAUGUGGCGUCCUUUUUUGGGUCCAAUGGAGCGAAUGAAAAAUACAGCCAAACCUCCCGUAAACGACCACCCCAAAUGCAAAGGUUUAGUGGUCGCUUACGGGCGAGUGAUUGCUUACGAUAAGCGAAACAAAAGAGGUAUAUUUCUUGAAGAGGACCGAGCACAAUACAUUUUUAAAAGAAUUGCGCAUGCAGUUUCUAAGUUAUGAUAUGUGUAGUUUCAUGUAGUCACUAAAAUUGCACCGUAUUCUCUUUGUAGUGUAAUAUAUACGGCGAGUAUAGAGAUCAAACUGUGUCUUUACGUGGUCGCUUACAAGGCGAUAAAAACAAUUAAAACUUCUGAGGCCGUCAUCCAGAAAGUGGCCGCGGUCGUUUAAGAGACUUAGUCUUUUGCGAGAGGUUGCAACUGUAAGGAUUUCUCUGGGAAAAUUAUAUGGUGUUUUGGAUAGGGUGUCGCUUACGAGACGUGGUCGCAAAUGGAGGUUCCAAUGUACAUGUAUGUCAGAAAAGUCAGUCACUUUGUUGAGUUAGCCAGCCAAUGCAACUUGUAGUGGUGCAAGCUUGUGCUUGAUAUUGAUCUUUUGCUUCAACAUAGCAGCGAUAGUACCAUUAAAAGAGUUGCAUCAUGCUGGUCACAGACUAACAUUUGGACUCACCUCCGAUAAACUCGGAAGCCUUUUUCUUUCGUUGAAUGUCGUGACCAUGGAAUGGGGUGAAAUAGUGUCAUGGCUAUCAGUAUAACCCAGUUUGGAAUGACACUCAUGGAUUGGGCCCUCAUUACCAUCUUGAUAACGGCUUUUUGCCCACACAUAGCAUGAAAAAUGGAGCUGUACAAUCGCCUAAAGGGUUUUGUCACAACCUAAUCUCAGAACUCACCUUAUAUCAAGCAGCCAGUCUUGGCGUCCAGCGGAACGCGAGCAAACAAGAAUGAUAGGUAACCAAUCUGGGGUUGUUCCGUAAAAACAGGUAUCAGGCAACUAAAAGAUACAAGAUAAAGAUAAAGAUAAAACAUCUUGAGAUAAUUGUUUUCCUCAACUCCUUCAAGUUGUGUUCUGUUUGCAGUACCACAAUACUUUUCUGUUGACAAAGAAAAAGAUGACGAGGAGGACAACAAUAGAAACGUGGCGAAAAAAAUUGAGGUAAUUUGGUGGUGGUGGUAGUUGUAGUAGUGUUUUGAGGACAAUGGAGGCGAUGGAGGAAAAGCAUGAUGAACGAUAGUAGCGAAGAAGAGAAAACAAUAGAAAUGAGAGUGGUGGUCUUUGUGUUGAAGGGAAAACAAGAAAUAUGCAUGUGUCAUCUUACUGAUCUUGGCGCAGAAGUGUACAGAGAGCUGUCUUACCUGGAAAAUGAUAUCCGAACCCUUCGAUCCGGUGUCGACCAUUUAA